AUGGACAAACAUAAUCUAACAGCGCUGAAUGAAUUCAUUCUGAAGGGAAUCACAGACCGCUCAGAGCUGCAGGCGCCAUUGUUUGGACUGCUCCUCAUCAUCUACAUGAUUUCAGUGGUGGGCAACUUGGGCAUCAUCAUCCUUACCAAGAUAGGCUCCAGGCUACAAACUCCCAUGUACUUUUUUCUCAGACACCUGGCUAUCACUGAUCUUGGUUAUUCCACAGCCGUGGGACCCAAAAUGCUGGCAAAUUUUGUUGUGGAUGAAAAUAAAAUCUCGUAUUAUUUUUGUGCUAUACAGCAAGUUUUCUUUAUGGUAUUCAUAACUACUGAAUUGUUUAUUCUGUCAGCAAUGUCUUACGACCGCUAUGUGGCUAUCUGUAACCCUUUGUGCUACACAGUCAUCAUGUCACGAGGGUUGUGUUCUGUGCUGGUGGCAAUCCCUUAUCUCUACAGCACAUUUGUUUCUCUCCUGGUCACAAUAAAGAUUUUUAAUUUAUCCUUCUGUGGCCAUAAUGUCAUCAGGCAUUUCUACUGUGACAUUCUCCCCUUGUUAUCUUUGCUGUGCUCAGACACGCAUGAGAUCAAAUUGGUCAUUUUCAUCUUAUCUGUUUUUGGUUUGAUUUCAUCCCUUCUAAUAGUUCUUGAUUCUUAUAUACUCAUAAUUUUAUCCAUUCUCAGACUGAAGUCAGCUGAGGGCAGGCACAAGGCCUUCUCCACCUGUGGAUCCCACCUGACUGUGGUUUUAGUAUUCUAUGGGACUUUAAUCUUUAUGUAUCUGCAGCCCAAGUCCAGUCAUUCCUUUGACACUGAUAAAGUGGCUUCCAUAUUUUACACCCUGGUGAUUCCCAUGUUGAAUCCCGUGAUCUACAGUCUGAGAAAUAGAGAUGUAAAAUAUGCCUUACAUAGGGCUUUAGGACGAAUAUGCAAUAUAUUUUCUCAAAGUUCAUUCUAA